GGCAGGAAGUUAAACAUUAUACAGAAAACGAGCGAGGCAGUGCCAUUGCUUCUUGCUUGCUGUAUUUUAAUUCCUCAGCAGCAGAAACUGUCCACACUCAAACAUUACUUGUAACAAACGUUAUGGUCCAUAUGUUAUUAAACGAAGCAACAGCAGUGGCAAAAAACAAACAAAAAACUAAAGGACGAUAACAUAUAUGUUUAUUUUUAUUUACUAUUAUUCUAAUGCAUCUGUGAUUUAUUAAUAUGUUUCUAGAAGAAAAUGAGACGAAAAAAAGCGACAGUCCCUGCUGCAUGCUGCUUGUGUGUGCAUGCCAGCUGGAAUGAAUGGUGCUGGCUUUCAGUUUCAGGUUAAACUGUAUUAUUAUUAUUAUUAUUAUUUAUUAUUAUUAUUAUUAUUAUUAUAUAUUAUUAUUAUUAUUAUUAUCUGUUCUGAUGGUAAUGUAAUCAAACAGUAAUACAUUACCGUAAAAGUGGCUAUAUUAUAUUACCUCGAUGGAGCGUAAAGCAGAACAUUCGGUAUUUCUUGAAGACUAGCCGAUUGGUUUGGACAGAACAGUAGAAAGAUGUCAGUCACAUCAAUUGAAUAUAUUUAGAGCCACCAGUUAUUUCCAGCUUUUGACGGUGGCACUACCGAGGAAAAAAAUAUAACCAACCGACCGCUCGCUGAGAGAGACUACGCUACAAUAAGCUGUACUUAGCCCUGUGAUGAUGAAGAGACUGCAUUAAAAAAAUCGUCUGAAGUGAUCGUAGUGUACGACACAUUACAACACAAGGAAAGUGGCAAAUGCUUUUAUCCUUAGCUCAGGAUGACAAAAGAAUCUUCUGGGAAUUUCGAAUGAUGGAGACGAUUGGAACCUCGCCGAUUCUUCGUUUAAAAUGGAUAUUUCGUCAAAUAGUUCUGAUUUAUUUUGCUGGUUUCUUCAUUGUUCAGAGAACCGAAUCUACUGCAAUAACAAUGGCUGCCUGCAAUGGGAAGCUGGAACAGCACACAGAAAGGCGUGGAGUUCUCUACAGCCCGUCCUGGCCUCUGAGCUACCCAGCGGGGCUGAACUGCAGCUGGUAUAUCCAGGGGGACCACGGGGAUGUCAUCACUAUCAGUUUUAGGAACUUUGACGUAGAAGAGUCUCGGAAAUGUGCUUCAGACUGGCUCCUGAUGGGCCCAGCCUCGAAGAGGGAGUACAGAGUGUGCGGCUCUGUCAUCCCCCCACCCUUUAUCUCCACGCGGGACCACGUCUGGGUAUUCUUUCACUCCGACACCGCCAGCUCUGGGCAGGCUCAGGGAUUUAGACUAUCCUACAUCAGAGGUAAACAAGGCCAAAGCAGCUGCCAGACCGAUGAAUUCCUUUGCGGGAACGGCAAGUGCAUUCCCAGUGCCUGGAAGUGCAACACGAUGGAUGAGUGCGGGGACGACACCGACGAAAAGAGCUGCGCACCCCCUCCGACCGAGCCCCAAACCACCAUGUGUCCCUCGGGGACCUUCCAGUGCACCGGAGUCCACUCCACGCAGUGCUUAACCAACAGCCUGCGCUGCAACUCCAACAAAGACUGCAGGGACGGCUCGGACGAGGAGGACUGCCCCGACACGUCCUGUGGGAAGCGGCUGGGGAACUUCUACGGCUCCUUCGCCUCCCCAGAUUUCUUCCGGCGCAACCACAGCGGAUCAGACCUGCGCUGCACCUGGUACGUGGACACGCAGGAUCCGCGGCACAUCAUCCUCCAGCUCGACCUGCAGCUAGGGUACAGCGACUACAUCCGGGUGUACGACGGCAUGGGAGAACGCAGCGACAAGCUGCUACAGACUCUAUCCUAUCACAACAACCGUCGUUCAGCCAGCGUAGAGUCCUCCAGGGGGCAGCUCACGGUCCUGUACCAUGCCAAGCCCAAGAGCGCGGGCCACGGCUUCAACGCCACUUACCAGGUCAAAGGUUACUGCUUCCCUUGGGAGCACCCCUGUGGCAGCGAUGAGGGCUGCUUCGCCGAGCACCAGCGCUGUGAUGGCUGGUGGCACUGCCCCAACGGCAAGGAUGAGGAGAACUGCCCCGCUUGCCAAAAGGGCGAGUACCCCUGCGAGGGCAACAGCGGGAUGUGCUAUGCGGGCCCGGACCGCUGCAACAACCAGAAGAACUGCCCUGACAGCUCGGACGAGAAGAACUGCUUCACCUGCCAGCCAGGCAACUUCCACUGCGGAACCAACCUGUGCAUCUUCGAGACUUGGCGCUGCGACGGGCAGGAGGACUGCCAAGACGGCAGCGACGAGCACAACUGCCUGGUGGCGGUGCCCAGGAAGGUGAUCACCGCAGCGCUCAUUGGCAGCCUCAUCUGCGGGCUGCUGCUUGUCAUCGCACUGGGGUGCGCCUUUAAACUAUACUCCCUGAGAACCAGAGAAUACAGGGCUUUCGAAACCCAGAUGACCCGACUGGAGGCGGAGUUUGUGAGGAGAGAGGCCCCUCCCUCCUAUGGUCAGCUGAUUGCUCAAGGCCUUAUACCCCCUGUUGAGGACUUUCCUGUAUAUAAUCCAUCUCAGGCCUCAGUCUUGCAGAACAUCAGGACGGCGAUGCGGCGGCAGAUCCGACGGCACUCCUCACGGAGAUCUUCCUCCCGGAGGAGACUGGGGCGGCUGUGGAGCCAGCUAUUCCAUCGUGGGGCUCGGGUCCGGGGGCAGAUUCCACUGCUGACUCCCCCCAGCACCUCCCACACCUCCCUGAGCGGGGGCAUCCACAGCUACCAGGCGGUGGGGGGCGGCGGCGGACACACUCCCUCCUCCACAGCCCGGGUACUGGACCUGGAGACCGAGUCUGAGGCCUCCUGUCAGCCUGGAGCUUUCCACAGGGACCGCCAGCCCCUGGAACACUCCCCUGUGGAUCUCUCCUCUCAGUCCAGCACAGACGAGGCUGGGGACCAGACACCUGGUGAGGAGGUAAGCCGUGACUUCUGUGCAGGGGCAGCCGGUGUCCACAACGAUCCUCUGUCUGGACGUAUAGAAGCCCCUAAUACGGGUAGCGGCAACUCAAACAGACACGAAGGAUCAGCGUCCAUGAGGAACAGUAGCUCCUACAAACGGAAGCUCUCUAGGAAAGAGGUGCAGGGUCUGGCUGCUAACCUCCGCGGUGUGGAGCUGCGUCGAUACUGUCACCCCAGGAGUGAUCCCCCAGCUCUGAACCGACCCUGCCAAAGCCAUGCCCGCUGCCCAGACCCCAAGCAGGAGGAGCUCACUGGAAGCCAGAAUGUAAGUCAAAGGUGCCACUCUGUGGAAGUGCCAAUAGAAGAAGCAGCUGCGCUGUUCUGCGCCAGCCAGCACAGCAGUGACGAUGAUGAGUCCCUUCUUGUUUGCUGAUUUUUUAAAAAUGUAUUUUAAAAAGCAUUUCAGCUUCUCUUGGGACUAAACAAUUUCUUUCAUGCCAAAUAUGUUUGCCAUGUAUUUUGUGUGUGACAGUAGUUAUUUAUUUAUUUUAUUUGUUGUUGUUCCCCUCUCCCUCCUGUUUCACUCUAAUUGGAAUUGUAUUUCAAGAGACCUCCAUGAUCACUCACAACCUGCUACAGAAUCUCACCUGAAAUGAUUGAGGCAGCUGCACCAGUCCUUUUCAUAGUUAGUCAGAUGAUAAAAAAGUUUUUUGAAUAUAUAAAUUUGUUUGGUCAGGUGGACUAAAGGGAUAUUGGUGCAGCUUGGCUGUAUUUACAGUUAUAUACAGUAGAAGGUUGAGAUGGGACAGUAGCUCUCAUAGGUUGACCUCAAAAUGUAUAACACUGUUCAAAUUUAAAAUACAUGAUUUGCAGCCAACAUGUUUUACAAUAUAUUUGGACAGAUGAAAUGGUAGGGGUAUCAGUCCGGAGAUGAUAGACAAAGAGAACAUGUGAUACCUUAUAUUGGACGACCUAAACAAUAAUGAAGUUCUCAAGACCUCAAAGGUCUCCUCUUCAGGUGACGGUAGAAAAGAUUGGUGCUUACAUUUAAAGGGAGAUCUACAACGUAGAUUUUUUUGCAUUGUGUACAGUCAGGGUUGGCUGAUUUUAAAUCAAGUCGAUUUUAAAUCACUGAUUGUAAUACAAAAAUGACUAC